AUGACUGUCGUAGCUAGAUUUGGAAAACCUGAUCUUUUCAUAACCUUCACGUGCAAUCCGAACUGGCCCGAAAUUAAAAACAACCUCUUCAAACAUCAGAAAUGGGAAAAUCGACCAGAUUUGAUUUGUAGAGUUUUUCAAAUGAAACUGCUGGAAUUCAUUAACGACAUCGUUCGAGAUCAACUAUAUGGUGUCGUCAUCAAUAACCAAUAUGUAAUUGAAUUCCAAAAGAGGGGUCUACCACACGCCCAUAUCGUCGUCACAUUCCAUGAAGAUGACAAAUUGAAGGAUGUUGAAAUGGUCGAACGAAUCAUCAAUGCCUAUAUUCCAGAUAGAGAAAAUCAACCCCUACUCUAUCAGCGAGUUGCGGAUUUUCAUCUGCACCCUCCAUGUGGCCGCAUCAAUCCGGAAGCUCCCUGUAUGGCAGAUGGUAAAUGUACCAAGUAUUACCCUAAAUCAUUCAGAGAAAAGACCUCAUUAUCUGUUGGUCGUAAUACGAGACCUGAAUAUAGAAGACCUGCCGAUGGCAGAGAGAUUUUUGUAGCUAAGUGGAACCGCCCCAUCACAAAUCGGAGAGUGGUACCUUAUAAUCCUUAUGCUUUGGCCAAAUAUCAAUGCCAUAUUAACUUUGAAGCCGUAGGUUCCCUACAAACCAUCAAAUAUCUGCAUAAAUAUAUCAAUAAAGGGCCAGAUAAUAUUACUCUCUAUGUAGAUGAGGAAAACACGAAUACAAGAGAGGGUCAACGCAUCGAUGAGAUACAACAAUACAUCGAUAGCAGAUAUGUCAGUGGUAUGGAGGCAACGUGGAGAACGCUCCAAUUCAGAAUGCAUGGUCGCUCUCAUUCUGUAUUGGUUUUGCCGGUGCAUUUACCAGGAGAAAGGAAAAUCAUUUACAACGAAGAUGAUGAUGUCGGACAAAUCCAACAAAGACUUGAAAAACCUUCCAAAUUAGAGGCAUGGUUUACGUUAAACAGAUCAGACGUAAACGCAAGAAAAUACAAAUAUGCCGAAAUCCCUGAGCAUUAUGUAUGGGAUAAUAAAAAUGCUAAAUGGUACCAACGCUCUCAGGUUAGCAAACAGAUAGGAUGUAUGGUAGAGAUAAGUCCAUCUGAGGCACGCAUCGAAAAAUUCUUUUUACGAAUACUCCUGAAGAGAAUUAGAGGAGCUACGUCCUUUGACGAUCUGUUGACAACAGAAGAUGGUUCCAGAUGUGAGACUUUUAGAGAAGCUUGCCAAAAACGAAAUUGGCUGAUACAAAAUGACAGCGAAUAUGAAAAGUGUCUGAGGGAAGCGGAACUUCAUCACCAUCCAAGAAAGUUCCGCAAAUUAUUCAGUUUGAUUUGUUCAAUAGCCAUAGAAGAUGAAUUAGCACAAUUAAAAAAAUUGUGGCUUCUCUUCAGGAAAUCCUUGAUGGCAGACUUCAAACAUAAUGGAAUGAGUACUCCUGACGCUGAAAGUGCAUGUUUAAAAGAGCUGAACAAAAUAAUAUCACGAAGUCGACCAAGUAUUUCGUUAGCUGAUCUGGGAAUAGUUCACCUUUCUGAAGACAAUCACGAAUCCAGCGAUACCGAUGAACGAACUGAAGAGCCAACAACAUAUUCAAGAGAAGAGGAGUAUUCACGGGAGAUUUAUAAAAUUUCAGCAUUAAAUAAGGACCAAAAAGUGGUGUUCCUGAGGGUAUUGAAGGCCUGUGCGAGAAAAUCCAAAUUUUUAAUACCUCUGGAGAUUUAUGAAGAACUAGGCGAUGAUGUCAGUGCCGAACAAAUAGCAGAGCGAACGAACGAGAACAUUUUCUACCUGGACGGUCCUGGCGGAACAGGCAAGACUUUUUUAUAUAAUACUCUAAUUACAGUCCUCAAUGAUGUUUUAGGUAAAAGUACAGCAGCAGUUGCAUGGACAGGAAUUGCGGCCAAUAUUUUGAAAGGAGGUACAACUGUUCACAGGUCCUUUAGAUUACCUCCCACUCUUUCCGAUAAAACAAGUUGUGGUUAUGACUUGUAA